AUGCAACAUAAUACGUCUUUAUAUGACUCCUUGAAUGUUACUGCCACUGCAUCGACAUCAGAAAUCAAGAAAGCCUAUAGGAACGCUGCACUGAAAUAUCAUCCUGAUAAGAACAAUCAUACAGAAGAAUCCAAGCGAAAAUUUCAAGAGAUAUGCCAGGCAUACGAAGUACUGAAAGAUAACCACUUAAGAUCUCUUUAUGACCAGUAUGGUACCACAGACGAAGCACUUAUUCAAGAGCAGUACCAACAACAGGCAUAUCCACAAACUCAGACGCAACGCCAGCAAUCUAGCGUUUUUAAUCCAUCCGCAGGCUUUGAUACAGAGGGAAUGUCCUUCCCAGAUCUAUCCCCGGGGGAUCUUUUUGCCCAGUUCUUCAGUAGUUCUGCCAGCUCCUCUUCCAAUGGUGCUAAGAAUAGUUUCAAUUUUAGCUUUAAUGGGAGCUCUACACCGAAUUUUCCAUUUGGUAACGGCAGUGGCAUGAACAGUUUGUACUCCCCGUCAUCAAAAUACAACACCACUGGUGAGGAGCAUCAUUUAAAUAGGGGUCCCGAUAUCAAGCAUAAUCUUAAGUGUACAUUGAAGGAACUAUAUAUGGGUAAGACCGCUAAAUUGGGCCUAAAUAGAACAAGAAUAUGCCAUGUUUGUGAUGGACAUGGGGGUUUGAGGAAGUAUACAUGCAAACCAUGCAAAGGACAAGGUAUUCAAACUCAAACCAAACGUAUGGGGCCAUUAGUACAAAGCUGGUCUCAAACUUGUGCUGAUUGCGGGGGUGCCGGGACAUUUGUCAAGAAUAAAGAUAUUUGCGAACAGUGCCAGGGCCUUGGCUUCAUUAAGCAAAGGAAGAUUCUUCAGGUGACCGUCCAACCGGGCUCAUGCCAUAAUCAGCUAAUAGUACUCACGGGUGAAGGCGAUGAAGUUAUUAGUACUAAAGGAGGUGGUCGUGAGAAAGUUAUACCAGGUGAUGUUGUCAUUACCAUUCUAAGGCUGAAAGAUCCCAAGUUCCAGAUCACCGAUAAUUGCGAUCUAAUUUGUAAGAAAUGUGAAGUCGAUUUGAUGACCAGUUUAUGUGGAGGUAUCGUUUAUAUUGAAGGACACCCCAGUGGUAAGCUGAUCAAAAUCGAUAUUAUACCUGGCGAAGUACUUAAGCCUGGUUGUUUUAAGACUGUCGAAAACAUGGGCAUGCCUAAGUUUAUCAAUGGAGUUCGGAGCGGGUUUGGUCACUUAUACGUUAAAUUUGAUGUGACCUAUCCAGAGAGAUUAGAACCUGAAAAUGCCGCGAAGGUAAAGAGUAUUCUCGCUAAUGAUAAGUAUAUUAAUGCUGAACGUUCAGCCAUGGAAACUACGGAUGCAGACUGCUAUUGUGAUUUAGAAAAGUCCUACGACAAUGUAGAAGAACACGUUUUAAGUAGUUUCGAGGCUCCUGAUUUAAGCAGUAAAAUUAUCGAAGAUGACGACCUUGAUGAUUUAAUUCAUGAAAGAGAUUCUCGAAAGAGGAACGACCCUCGAUUUGGCGAAAGCAAUAAUAAUAAUGAAACGAAACGAAAUAAAUAUUCCUCACCGGUAAGCGGUUUUUAUGACCAUGAUAUUAAUGGAUAUUGA